UCGUCGUUUCGAAAAAGAAGAGAAAAAACUAUUCCAAAAAUAAAACGAUUCGUUUUGGGAACUUUCUUUAUUUCUAUUUCAUGCAUUUCUUUCUUCGUGAUUCUUUCUUGUGAGUGAGAGAGUUCUGGCCGAUGAGUGGCCGAGUGGGGUAGUGGUAAAGUGAUCUGAAAUUAUUUCAACCUCCACUACAGGGAGAAAUAUAGAGAGAGAAAAAGAAAAGAGUAGAGUAAAGAGAGAGAAACUGAGAAAGAGUGUUUUGUAGCGGAAGAACAGAGAAGAAAGAACUGGGGUUUCCUUGAAUCUAAGGGAAGGGGGGAUGGAGAGUUCUCAACAGGAAAGACUAGCGAUCAUUCUUGGUGGUACAAGUAGUAAAGCUAGAUCUCCUCCUGGUUCUAGGGUUUUAGAACCUUCAACUCCAGUUGCAAGAAAUGGCGGAACAGGAACUCCUCUUGCGGAUGAAACCAUCUGGAAGCGACUCCGUGAGGCUGGCUUCGAUGAGGAUUCCAUCAAACGUAGGGAUAAGGCUGCUCUCAUUGCCUAUGUUGCUAAACUCGAAGCUGAGAUUUAUGACUAUCAGUAUCAAAUGGGUCUUCUCAUAUUGGAAAGAAAGGAAUGGGUAUCUAAGUAUGAACAAGUUAAAGCUUCAGCAGAUGCAGCUGAAAUUAAUCAUAAACGUGAACAAGCUGCACGUUCAACUGCUUUAGCUGAAGCCAUGUUCCGAGAAGAGACUUUAAAGAAGGCUUUGGGAGUUGAAAAAGAGUGUAUAGCAAAUAUUGAGAAGACCUUACAUGAGAUGCGUGCCGAAUUAUCCGAAACAAAAAUUGCGGCGGAGAGUAAGAUGGCUCAGGCACAAAGUAUGAUAGAGCAUGCUCAGAAAAAAGAUACUGAGGCAGAGACGAAGCUACAUGCUGCUGAAGCUUUGCAAGCAGAGCGUAGUCGGUAUGAUCGUGCUGCAGAAAGGAAACUGCAGGAAGUUGAAGCACGUGAAGAUGAACUUCGUAGACGUCUCAUAUCUUUUUAUUCUGAUCGUGACGCUAAAGAGAAGGAAAUCAGUCUUGAGCGAAAAUCAUUAUGCGAAAGCCAAAGAGUUUUGAAGCAAGGACAAGAUCAAUUACUUGAUGGUCAGGCCCUGCUGAACCAAAGGGAAGAAUACAUCUUAGGAAGGUCUCAAGAAUUGAAUUGUCGUGAAAAGGAGUUGGACACCUUAAAAGAAAAUAUUGAGAACAAAUAUAGGGCAUUUAAUGAGGGAAAAUCCAAUUUGGACCUGAAAAUGACUGCCCUUUCAAAAAGAGAAGAGGCUGUCAUUGAAAGGGAAGCACUACUCAGCAAUAAAGAGAAAGAGCUACUGAUUCUACACGAAAAGCUUGCAAGCAAGGAAUAUGAUGAGAUUCAAAGACUCAUAGCUAAAAAUGAAAUUGCCCUCGCAAAGAGGAAGUCUGACUUUGAAACAGAGCUGGAAGUAAAGCGCAAGCAAAUGGAGGAUGAAAUUGAAACCAAGAGACGGGGCUAUGAGUUGAGGGAGGUUGAUCUUAAUCAGAAGGAGGAACUAAUCCAGGAGAAGGAGGAUGACCUUGAAGUUCACUCAAGAGCACUAAUAGAAAGAGAGCAGGAUUUAGCAGAGAGGUCAAAAUUACUUGAGGAGAAAGAAAAAAGUCUUAACAAAGCUGAAAAAGAGGUAGAAUUGGAGAAGAUAAGUAUGGAGAAAGAAAGAGAAGAGAUCAAUAAUAUGAGGUUGGACCUUCAGAAGUCUAUUGAUUCACUGGAAAACAAAAGGAAACAAGUCCAGGAAGCGCAAGAAAAGUUAGAGGCCAUGAAGAGUGAAAGGGCAGAGUUACUGAUCCUAGAGAUGAAACUUAAGGAAGAAAUUGAUUGUAUCAGGGCUCAGAAGCUUGAGUUGAUGACUGAAGCAGAUGAACUGAAAGCAGAGAAGGCAAAGUUUGAAACUGAGUGGGAGAUGAUUGAUGAAAAAAGGGAAGAACUACGAAAAGAAGCAGAACGUAUUGCCGAGGAGAGAGAAGCAGUUUCCAAGUUGCUCAAAGAAGAACGUGACAGCCUAAAAUUGGAGAAGGAUGCACUUCAGGAUCAAUUAAAAAAUGAUGUGGAAUCUAUUUCCAGUGAGCACCAAACCUUCAUCAGUAAGAUGGAGCAUGAGCAUUCAGAGUGGUUUAGCAAGAUUCAGCAAGAGCGUGCUGAUUUUGUUCUCGACAUUGAGAUGCAGAAGAAGGAGUUGGAAAGUCGCAUUGAUAAGAGAAGGGAGGAAAUAGAAAAUUAUUUAAGAGAGAGGGAGGAAGCCUUUGAGGAAGAAAAAGCCAGAGAACUUCGUCAUCUCAGUUCUCUGAAAGAAAGAGUCACAAAAGAAUUGGAAGACAUUGCUUUGGAGAUGAAAAGACUUGAGAAUGACAGAAUAGAGAUCAACCUUGAUCGGGAGCAAAGGGAAAGGGAAUGGGCUGAUAUCAGAAAUGCCAUUGAAGAACUGCAGAUACAAAGGGAAAAACUGAAGAACCAGCGGGUAUUAUUGCAUGCUGAUAGAGAAGCAAUUCAUAUCCAAAUCCAACAUCUUAAAAAGUUGGAGGAUGUGAAAAUUGCAUCAGAAAAUGUGGCAUCAGAUAUGCAUCUAGGUGAUUUCAAGAAUAGCAGAAGAAGGUUUCCUGCCAAGAAAUGCUUAAAUAUACCAACUACUUUACAGAUUACUGAGGAAAAAUCCCAUCUAUCAAAAGAGGCUAUUUGUGAUGCCUCUAAGCUGGGGUUGCUUUGUAAGCAAGAAGCAUAUAAUAUUUCACCUCCUAGCUCUACCCCACUUUCAUGGCUGAAACGAUGUACUGAAUUGAUAUUCAAACAUUAUCCUGAAAAGCCUGCAGUUAAGCAUGGAGAACAGAUGCUUGCAUCUGAGUUCAAGGAUGCAAAUUUGAAUUUACUAGAGAGUGAAUAUUCUCAAAAUACUCAGAAAAAUUUGUUGGCACAAUUAGAGAAUAUUGAGGACCUGAGAUCCACAGAAAAUGAUAGCACAGAGAAAAAGUUGAACAGGACACAUCCUUUGGCUUCUGUCCUUGAAGAGGACAAAGUGAUACUUGAAGUGCCUGCUGUUAGCAAGGAUGGAAGAGGUACACAUAAUUUGGCAUCUGCAUGUGGAACAGAUGUAGCUGAAAAUUGUGUCGACUCAGUUUCUGAAGAGUGUCAUCCCCCUGGAAGAAAAAGACUUCUAAAUGCUUCCUCUUAUGAUCAUGUUGAUACAGAAUUAAAGAAAAUGCAGAAUAAUAAGAAACGGAGGCAACAAAAGGGUGCCUCAGAGACCCCAUGUGUGACCUCGAUGCGACCAGUCUCUCUAGAUGAAAAUUAUUGCAUUGAACAUUCAGCGGAACAAGAGAAAGGGGUCUGUUUGCAGAAUCAAGUACCAGCAUUUAACCCGGAUGGUCCUCAAGGUGGAGAACCAGAAAAACAAGCUAAUUAUCAUCGGGUAGGGAAUGAUAUCUCAUCUUGUGGCUUGAAGACACAAAAGAGGAUACAUGAAGAGACACUGUUGGAUGCUGAUGAAGAACUGUUAAGGCAGCAUAAUCUGUCUCAAAGUGAAGUUAUGAGGAGCAGUCCCAAGCUUAAUGAUCAAGUCAAGUCAAAACAAGAGAAUGGAGGAAAAAUAGAUGAAAUGACUGAAGAUGUGGCAACUUGAUCCAGUAAAAGCUACAUUGUACCUGGAGGUUAGGGAUAACUGGCAAAUUCAAGGAACUGGUGAAUGGCUUUGUCAAAAUAUCUGGAGAAAUCUGUAAAUGCUGUCCAUUUUGUAUUGAUAUUUUCCUGUGUGAGAUAUGGUUUUAAGGUUCUAUGAUGUCAAAUUUUUGGUGACCUGGUGGCCUCUGUAUCUCUUUAUAGAUCGUGAUUAUGUAUUUUUGGGAAAAUAGAAGUUGCUCUGGGGCCCUACUAGUAUUUGAAUGUUGGGAACCUUUCUCAAUCUUGUUUGAAAUGGUUAUCAAUGGUGGAUCAAUGGUGAUGGGGUUGGGUUGACCUUGAAAAUGAAAUAAAAAUGAACAUGAACAUGAGUUCAUGAAAAUGUUUAACAUGGUUUGACCUCAAUGUAUUCUAUGUUAUCA